UCAUUAAAUAUUUCUUAAAACAUACUUCUUUGAACCUGAUCGUAGUAAUAUAAUUGGCUUAAGUAAAUUUCUUUGUAAAUAAACAGGCUGAAUGGGAUGAGCCCGGGUGUGGUGAUAAGCAAAAUCGGGUUAGUGUUUGGAAGGUCGAAACUCCAGAAAGCCACCUAAUAAUACCUUAAACAGGCAUUCAUUAUUGAAAAGUGACCAACCGGAAAAGUUGCAGCCUUUGGCCAAAACUGAUAAUUCAAAAUUAGAAUCUGAGGUUUUACCUGAUCAUAUGUUUGACUUCCCUUCUUUUGAAAGCUGCAGCAACAUUGAAAAGGUGAAUACGGCAAACCAAUUAACAUAUCAUAAUCAAAACCAAAACCAAAGUCGAAAUCCAUUACUCGCUCAUACUAGUCCGUGGACUAUGCAGCAGCCAUAGUUAGAAUCAUCAAUGUCACAUCCUCAACUGAUUGAUAUGGUCCAACCCGAUUCUUCUAUUGCAAACAGCAUGCUUCCUCAGCUAGACGUCGACGAAUGGAUGAUGUAUUCUUCUUGUCAGCCUCAAGUUGUGAAUCCCUCUAUACCUUCAAUGAACCAAGAAAUGUGGGAUCAAUAUGUCAAGAAUUUUAACCUGAGGGAUCUUUCAGCUGAAAGCAAUAACCAAAGUGAAAUUUGUGUCAAUGUUGAUGCUACUAAUAGUGUGAGUACUACUAUGGUUGAUCCUUCUACCACAAACACCAUUUUCGAUGAAUUUUGCUCAAUGAAGGAUAAAGAUUUUCAGCACCCUCAAGAUUGCGCGGUUGGCAACUUAAGUUCUAGUCAAGAUGGCCAGUCUCAGAUUACUUCUGCUAGUCUAGCUGAGUCGCACGCCUUUUCUCUGCGAGACAACUCUGGUGGUACUUCUUCAAGCCAUGUUGAUUUUGAUGAAAGUAUCUUUCUGCAGAAUAAUAACUCUUGGAAGCAAGUAGCUGCACCAAUCCGAACCUACACAAAGGUAACAUUAUUUCUCUGGAAAAAGCAGGUUCCGAAAUUAGUAUAUGUAGAUAACGAGAGUGAUGUUUUGCCUGUUGGAGAUGAUCCUUGGAAGGAAUUUGUGGGGUGUGUCCGCCGCAUAAGAAUAUUAUCACCUUCAGAAGUUAAAGAGAUGAGUGAGGAAGGGAUGAAGCUUCUAAACAGUGGAGCAUUGCAAGGAAUCAAUGUGUGA